AUGAUAGUGGACCUCGGGGUGCCCAAGACGCAUCCGGUCAAGAUAGAUCACGAUGUGAGCAGUAUGAAGAGUCGAGAGAUCCAGAGUCACUACAUCCCAGAAAUAGUGAGGGACAUUUUUAUAAUCGUCGAGACAUUCAGCGACCAAAAAUACCUACAUUUGAUGGGAGCGAUGAAUGGGCUUCCAAUGAAGCCUUAUAUCACAACAAAACUCUGGAUGCGAAGAUGUUUCCUUGUGCUGUGUUUGUUGGGACUGUAUUUGUACUAUGCGAAAAUAAUCGAGAGACAUUUUUCUGGAAAGCGUCUAGUCGGCAACACGACGUCAUACCGCCUAGUCGUCAACACGACGCCAUACCGCCUUGUUGAAAACACGACGCCAUACCGCCUUGUCGAAAACACGACGUCAUACCGUCUAGUCAAAAACACGACGUCAUACCGUCUAGUCAAAAACACGCCAUACCGUCUAGUCCAUAAGACAUCGGCGGCGAUUAAUCUUGAUAGCAGAGAGUUAAAAAUAGCAAAUAUAUCAAACAACUCCCGGGGAGGUAAAUAUGUUAUUCCACAUCGUGAGGUAGUGAAAAUAAGCUGUUCCCAGCUGAUCGCCGGAAUCAAGUCUGCGAGACAUAAAACAAAGCAGCUCAUGAGAUCCAUUCAGACGCCAUUUCUGAGAAACUCGUAUUUCGUGAACGCAACUAGAAACUGCCACGCGUUUCGGUCAAAACGAGGCUACAUUCUCAAUUCUAUGACGUCAGAAGAGGAACACUUUCCGAUCGCUAUCGGCAUCAUGUUGCACAGAGACGUAAAUCAAUUUGAACGUCUACUUCGCGCCAUCUACCGGCCGCAAAAUAUCUACUGUAUACAUGUGGAUAAAAAGGCAGACCUUGGCAUACGCAGGGCUGUAGAGGGCAUCGCUAGUUGUUUUGACAACGUCUUCCUCACAUCACGGUCCGUGAAUGUGGUCUGGUCCCAAUUCGGCAUGCUGGAGGCGGAUCUAAUUUGUAUGAAGGAGUUGCUUCAGCGCGAGAAGUGGAAAUAUUACUUGAAUCUGGCUGCACAGGAGUUCCCUCUGAAGACCAACUAUGACUUGGUGAAGAUACUGGAGGCGCUGAAUGGGGCCAAUGACGUGGAUGUAGACAACACAGGAGUAUUCAGAGGCCGAUGGCGAGCCGCGGGUCUACCGCCGCACCGCCUGCAGUGCUACAAGGGUAUGCGGUACCUGGCGGUGUGUCGGGACUUCGUGCGCUACGUAUUGCACGACCCGGUAGCCAGGGACUUCCUGGAGUGGUGCAGGAAGACCUACAUGCCAGAGGAGACGUUCUUCGCCACCCUCAACCACAACCAGAUUCUGUCCGUCCCUGGAGGAUAUAAAGGUUCCAAGUCACCGCGCUCCAAUGAAAAUGAUAAGCCAUACUUAGCCAGGUUUGUGAACUGGGGCACGCUGCCGUGUGCCGGCAAAACUGUAAGAGCAGUCUGCGUCUUUGGUAUCGGUGAUCUCCCUUUGUUGGUCAACAGGAAGGAACUCUUUGCAAACAAGUUCCAUUUUGAUUUUCAACCUUACGCUUUGGACUGCGUGGAAGAGUGGCACUACAACAGAACACGUGACGAAUAUUCAGGAAUCCUUCGUUUUGAUGACAGCUAUUACAGGCAACUGGACUUAAGGGGUAUCAAAACGAAAAGACCUAUAGGAAAAAACUAAACAUUUUUAUCAAAGAAGAAAACAAUAAAUAAAUAAAUAAAUAAAUAAAUAAAUAUAAAUAAUUAAUAAAUAUAAAUAAAUAAAUAAAUAAAUG